CUCAGGGUCACACCUCUUGUUUCUGUGUAAAAUUUGAAGUUCGGUGAUUGGGCUGAUCCACAAAUUGCCCGAGAAUUUCCCUCAAGUGGGUUGGGUUCAUUCAGGCCCUGCAGUAACAUCAGUUUAAUUUCUUGGAGGAUAGGGGUUAUCGGACGUAGUGUGCAAAAUUAAAACUUAAUUUGCAACUUUCCUGAUUUGACCGCUUUUCGAAAAUCCUAUAAAUUGUCUAUGUGAUGCACUAAUCGCUUUAAAACAGUUUGACAUCCUAGUGCUCAACAACGUCCAUAAAUGGAUGAUACCACUAGACCGUUUCAAUGAUGGUUUCAAACCCUCACGCCAUUUGUCCCUUAUUUCGCUUUCUAGAUCGUUUGAAUUUGAAGCAUUUGUGAUUACUAAUUGUUGUUUAAUGCUAUCCCUGAUAAGUGUAACUGCAUUUUUUGUGCUUGCUUGGUCAUUGCCUCAUCUCUUCUGUUUUUUUCCUUUCUCAGUUUCCCCGCCGAUGCUACUGUUCAUGCUUCCCUAAUAUACAAAGUACCCUCUGUCAAGGUGCGAACCGCCACAGUGCUUGCAACAGUUUAAUAUUUUGUUAAUUGUAUGAAAGAGCAGCCAUUAGCCAAUUCAUCAUCGUCAUCAUACCUUAACCCACGUAAAAGUGACCUGUUAACUUAUUGAACAAGCACCAAAUCACCUCUGGUAAUAGUGAAUAUUUGUUCAUGGGUAUACUGUCAGCUCCGCUUAUCUUUUUACGUUAAAUUUUUUCCGCUGAAUUAAUCUACUACAAAUGCUUCCAGACGACUUCGACCUAAUUUCUCUGAAUAUUGUCGGCUUUUGUAGUUGUGAUUUUGAUGAAUAAAGUUCUUCUUUGUCGAUAUGUUAUAUGACGACUCAGCGUCUAGUCUCUUCACUCAUACAGCUGAAUAAUAUUUUCUACACUAGUUUGGAACUUUAUGCAUACAUAUUAAAUGACUUGUAAAAUAUCGAUGUAUCUUCUGUCUGAAGUUUUACCUAUGAUUGUAUUCGGGUGAUUUAUAUCUGCAUUUAAAGUAGGCUUCUUACCACCUGACAUAAUUUUGUACAUAUUCGAAAUGGUGCUCCUAUUAGCUGUUUUGUUUAUACAUGCCUCUGUGGUUUCUCGGAAUAAGUGCUACUGCUAGUACUGUUUUUAUUUUAAUAAUGCGAUGGUUAGUUCGGAGACAAGCAAUAAUCUGCAAUUGUUUGUCCCCUGUUGGCCGACAUGCAGUAAUCACCGGAGCUAACUCUGGUAUCGGUCUCGCAACUGCAUUUGAAUUGGCUAAAAGAAAUUGGAAACUUACCUUAGGUUGCAGAAAUUUAGACUCCGCCUUCAAGGUUAAGGAAGAAAUUGCAAAUCUCACUGGUAAUCAUGACAUUUCUGUAAGACUUUUGGAUUUGGAGAACCCACGAACGAUUGAGGAGUUUGUACGAUUUUUACCUUUACCUGUUCAUAUUUUGAUCAACAACGCCGGCGUGUAUCCCAAAACCCUUCGUUCUUCGAAGUAUUUCCAAGAUAUCAAUGUCACUUUAGCGACUAAUUAUGUUGGACAUUUUUAUCUGACUUCGUUACUUUUACCUUACUUUAAAAAAUCAUAUCACGAAACAUCUGUUUAUCCUCGAGUAAUUGUUGUGAGCUCUUCUUUAUCUAAAAAAGGAACCUUUACAACGGAAGAUUUGUUUCAACCAUACACUACUACUUCAGAUUUGAAUUCCAGUAAGGCUUAUUCUGAUUCUAAGCUGGCGUGUAAUUUAUUCUCACGUGAACUUUAUCGGAGAUAUGGUUCAGGUGAUAGUAAAAUACUUGAUGUCUAUUGUUUAUUUACUGGAGGGAUGGUAAAUACCAAUUUAUUCCGAAAUACAUUAGCGGUAUAUUCACCGAUAACUCAGCGUUUUAUUCGUGGCUUAAUGCAACUACUCUUAAAAUCUCCUUCAGAGGGGUGUCAAACGGUUGUUCACUGUGCAGUUAGUGAUCAAGUUCCUAUUAAACAUAAUGAAGCUUCAUUUAUUUCGGCUGAAACAUCUGGUAGUGGUAUGCUGUAUAACAACUGUAUACCUAUUGAUUGGCCUGAUAAUUCACUCAACUCUUAUCUAGCUUGUCAACUAUGGGAUUAUACAACAAAUUUUUUAAAAUUAUCAGUCAAUAAUAAGUAAAUAAUCCACUGUUAUGUACAAUUACAUGCUUCUGUUCCGUAUACAGAGCUCUUUGUGUUUUUCUUAGUGAGAAUCCAAGUGACUUAUUAUCACUUGGGAUUUAUGAUAGGCAGAAACAAAUUUUAAAAAAAUUAACAAUUGACAUGUUUGUAUUAUAAAUGUACGAAGUUUUUAAAAUUUGUUAUUCUUAAAUACAAUAUAACUUUUCCCAUCGCACUUCACGUUUCGUUGUAUUUGUUCAUAGAUUUUUGGUGAUUCAUCUUAGUGUCCA